AUGGUCGAUGCGCCACGCUACGUCCCCAAUGAUUUAAUUCAUCAUGAUCUGCAGAUUCCGUCGGUGGAGGAGGAGAUUUCGGAAUGGGCACAGCGAUAUAAGGGCAGAAUUGCUGAUCACCCCAACCCAUUAGCGAGAAGGAUCUUUCUAUAUUCCUUCGGAUCCGCAUUUUUUAUAUUAUUAAUCUACAUGAAUUUAAAAGAACUAUUUUCAAGUGUUUUGCUUAUUUUAUUUAACUUCUACCUCCUCAUGUAUUCCUUAACUGAUUUUCUCUAUAUUUGCUUAAUUGGAUGUAUUUUUUGUCAACUCGCCUUAUUCUGCUUAUUUGGACAGAAAAUCCAUGAAAAAUCUGAGAGAAUCUUUAUAGAUUUAUAUCUGACUAAAUGGUAUGAAAUGGAUGUGAAAGAUCAGAAAAUUCUCCUUCUUAUCAUGAAAAUGUCUCAAAAAACACUCGGAUUAAAAGCAGGUGGAAUGUACGCCAUAGAUUCAUCAAUGUUUGUGCAAGUUACAAAGAUGUGCUUCUCCUAUGCAACAAUACUUUACACAUUUUUGUAA